AUGUCACCAUCUGGAGCUCCCAGUAGCUCCCGCCGCUUCUUGCGCCCAAAGCCCGUGGAGCUGCGCCAGGCAACCUUUGUCCUCCCAAAAACCGGUCAGCGCCUUAAGGGCCUCGUGAGCCUGCGCAAUCCCGCCGAGAGACUCGCAGUGCCCAACGAAAACAAUCAUGAAGAGCUACGCGGAUUGCUCUCCGGGCAAAUAGAGACACACCAUGAUGGAUUUCUGAAGAAGCUCUCCGCGCGGGCGCGAGAACUGUGGCUGGGAAUCUAUAAGUUUAUCACUUCCGAACAAGGCAUCGGAAUCUUGAAGUGCAGUUUGGCAUAUUUACUCGGAUCUAUGGCGACAUUUAUUCCGAUCAUUUCCUCCUUGCUUGGUUAUCAAGAUGGGAAACAUAUGGUGGCUACUGUGACGGUGUAUUUCCAUCCGGCGAGAACGAUAGGGAGCAUGUACCGAGCCUCGAUUUGCGCGCUGCUUGCGUUCUGCUACUCCGCCUUCGUGUCAAUCACAAGUAUGUUGGUCGAGAACCUCUUCCAGGAUACGCUGGAUAUGCCGAUACUUGGCCAUGCACUGGUCUUGAUCGUAUUCUGUGGUGGAGGACUCGGAUUCGUCGGGUGGACUAAACAGCGACUCGGCGAUCCACUGGUAAAUGUAGCCUGCUCACUCACGGCGCUGUCGACGAUCACUGUCUUGACCAAAGAAGGCGCGGUGCAGAAUGGUGAUCUUUCCCUUGAGAAGAUUUCACAGGUUUUGAAAAUGGUUAUUAUGGGUGUCGUCGUGGCUAUGGCGGUAUCAUUCUUGAUAGUUCCUAUCUCAGCACGAAAAAAGCUCCGCGCUAACCUGGUCACAACCACCGAUACACUGGCUACUAUGCUGGCUAUCAUGACAGAUGCUUUUUUAAGUGGAUCCGAAGAAGAAUUGACGGUGGAGGAGUAUCUUGAUGCUGAAACAAGGCACCGCAAGGCCUACUCCCAGCUUGAUAAAUUGGUCCGAGAAGCCAAGCUCGAGCAUUUUAUGGUUGGCACCGAGAGAGAAUAUCGGUUGGAGAAGAAGCUUGUUCGCUGGGUGCAAGAUAUUACCCAUAACAUGGGAGGAUUGCGCAGUGCUGCAGAACUUCAAUUCAGUCUAAUCCGAGAAACGAUUCAUCGAGAAUCUGGCUCAAGCGGACUCCCCACUCCAUAUGCAGACUACGUUGCAACCCUUGAGCGUUCGUGGUCCUUCCCUGACGGUUCGUUCCUGGAACCAAUAGAUGAACGUCCCGAGGCAGAACUAUCGCCAGGUGGAACCUAUCCUGCACAGCAAGGAAACUCGGAUGCUAAUGAUCCAACUCUUCUUCCUGCGGACGUGUUUACUAUCUUCAUUUCUCAUCUUGGUCCCUCUAUGCGGUCAUUGACAUUUACUAUGAAGGAAAUCUUUAACGAGAUACCAUUUGGCCCAGCCCCACACUAUAAGGUCUCAGUGAACAGUCGACUCCAUACCAGUUUGGAUCGUGCCCUUGCUCUCUACCGGGAGUCUCGACGAAAGACACUCAAAUCGCUCUACGAACAAACAGAAGCGAUGAAGAUGAAAAGCCCCGAUGCCGAAGCGGACCUAGAAGAAGUAUCAGCUAGUUGCGGCCAUUUCAGUUUCUCGCUUCUGGAGUUUGGAGAGCAACUCCAUGAGCUUCUAGCUAUCUUAGACGAGCUGCAGCUUGAAACCGAAGAGAGGCCCAAUGGUCGAUCUUGGUCAUGGAUGAAAUUUUGGAACGUGGGAGACAAAAAUUUUGAUGCAGAACCAUCCAGCGGUGCAGAGAGUUACCGACACCUCGAGAUCUCACGCAUUAAUGGAUCAGAUAACGGGCUAACGGCCGCAGUGAGGGGUCGUCUACGCCCGAACAGCGAAAGAUCCGUCAAGGAGAGAGUGGGUUACCGGCUGUGGAAGUCACUCGAAUGCUUCCGACGGGACGACACCAAAUAUGCGAUCAAGGUUGGCGCUGGUGCCGCUCUUUACGCGUUGCCCGCUUUUCUUCCGUCCACUCGACCUUUCUACCAGCACUGGAGAGGUGAGUGGGGCUUGCUGUCAUACAUGCUGGUUUGCUCUAUGACAAUCGGUGCUUCCAAUACGACCGGAUAUGCUCGUUUCCUCGGUACCUGUCUUGGGGCUGUAUGUGCGAUCCUGGCUUGGUAUAUCACCAGUGGUAAUGUCUUCGGCCUUGCGUUUUUCGGCUGGUUGAUGGCCACCUGGACAGCGUGGAUCACCAUUGUUCGAGGAAAUGGUCCCAUGGGACGGUUUAUCAUGCUCACCUACAAUCUCUCUGUCCUCUAUGCAUACUCGCUCUCACAAAAAGAUGCCGAUGGCGACGACGAAGGAGGCCAACACCCAAUAAUAACCGAGAUUGCCCUCCACAGAGUUGUUGCGGUGUUGUCCGGUUGCAUCUGGGGUAUCUUCAUCACCCGAUUCAUUUGGCCCAUCAGUGCUCGCAGCCGAUUGAAGGAUGGACUUAGCAUCCUCUGGCUUCGGCUGGGUCUUGUCUGGAAGCGUGACCCACUGUCUUCCAUGGCUAUCAAUGGCCGAUCCAUUGUAUAUAUGACUGCGAGGGAGAGACUUGAGCUUGAACGAUAUCUCACCCGCCUUGAAUCUCUUCUGGCUUCUGCACGCUCGGAGUUUGAGCUCAGGUGUGCUUUUGAUGACGUCCCCUACGCUGAUAUCAUUCGGCGUACCCGAAGCAUGGUAAAUGCAUUUCAUGCUAUGAACCUUGAACUGAUGAAAAGCGACAUGGCCACGGCGGGGGAGAUCUGUCUUCUUCAAUAUACGGCUGUUGAGCGGCAGCAGCUCUCUGCUCGCAUAAGCCACCUCCUUACAGUUAUGGCAUCGUCUAUGAAGCUUGAAUAUCCAUUGAGCGAUGUCUUACCCAGUAUCGAUCAUGCACGCGACAGGCUGCUUGCUCGCAUCUAUCGCUACCGCCAAGACCAUGAGGUUUCUCAGCUAACGACAGACGAAGACUGUGCCCUGCUGUAUGCAUACAUCUUGGUAACUGGCCAGUUGUCGAAAGAGAUCAUGGAAAUCAUCGCAGAUAUCGGGCAGUUAUUUGGAGUUCUGAGUGAAGAUGUAGUACAGCUAUCUGAUGAAUGCGUAGACCUUCUCCCUAAUUGCCGCCCUUCGGCCUCGCCUCGUCGCACUCCAGCGAGUCCUCCAGCCAUGCAGAUCGACCCGGCCGCCCUGAGUCGGUCUGACUCGGCGUCAAAUCCGGCUAAGAGUGCGACACCAAAUGUUUCAGCAGCAGUGAAAUCCUCCAGGGCUCUGAACUCCGUUCCGCGGCUCGACUUGGAGCAUGCCUACACGGAUCUAAAAGCCGCCAUCGGGGACCAGUGGGCCGAGUACAAGGAAUCGACGGCCCUUUUCUUACUAGCUACCUGUGCUGACCUCCUGGCCUCCUACCUUCUAGGCCAUUACAAUCAAAGUGAAUACGCGUCGCGAGUCGAUUAUAUUAUAUGCGCCGAUGCGAAAACCGAACAUUUACAUAAUAAUUUCGUCUGCGCGAUUCUUGGAAACCUCACGCGAGACCUCCCUGAUCAUGGCGUCGCGAACUGGGUUUCAGCCAAUGAUAAGCCUUCGAUGGUGUCGAAGCCGAUCUCGGGCGAUGCUGCGGAACAGAGAUUAAAGACGGAGGUUAUGCAGCUCCCUCCAAGAGAUCGACGACGUAUCAAGAGUAUUCCAGAGCGCGACCCCAACGAAGUCACACCCAGUGAACUUGAGGAAUACUACCUGGCAAAACAAAUCAAGCUUCCAAGUCAGGUUCCAGCAAGCGCUGGUGGAUUGAACAAGACCAACUGGGAAUUGGAAAUCCGGAAAAGAUAUGCGCAACCACUCGCUGCUGAGACUGGCGAAUUCCCCGAUGCCGAAUCUAUUUAUGCCCGUAUGGUCCCCAUGUGCUACGAAGAGUCCCUCCCCGGCGGUGCCGGCCUCCCAUGUGCAGAGUUCAUGGCAAUUGCGACGGAAACAUUCGUGAAAGAGGUCCUAUCUUCAGUUUUCUCUCGCACCCGAUCAAAUGGUCCGUCCGGUACAAGUAACGGAAUGAUGAUGCGCAAGUACCGACAGCAACUGGAACAGGAAGAGCUGGCGUUUACUCGUGGUGAAAUCGUCAAGGACACCGCUACCGGUUUACUUCCAGUUGAAGCUAAAGAAGCCGCCCUUCGCAGACCUCUCGGAGUUAGGGAUCUGCGGCUUACACUUGAGCUCAGCAGCGGGGUUCUUGGUCAUAUGCCGCUGAUUAUUGACCAGAUCAAGGGUGGGUACUUCGAAGACGAGCUUGAGACUGAGAAGCAAGAUCGAUUAGAGAAUGGUGUGGAUGAGUCCAUCGAGGUCAAGACUGCCGAUGAGGAUGAAAUGGACAUUGACGAUGUCGACGACUCAAUGUCGGACUGGGAAGGAGGCACUGCCGCAGAUCGAGGCCAGUUGGGCUCCCUGCUCGACGAGUGCUUGUCUAUGGCUGCAUGA